AUUCUUUCCCUCCCCUGGAAAUUUUCAUCUACCGCCUUCCACCAAAAUCUUCCCCCCCAUCCCCAAUUUAGAAAUUUUCAACCAUUCCCUCUAAUUUUCUAAUGGAGUACUCAUCUUUUAGGCCUUUAAUCUCUCAUAUUUCCUUCUCACUUCCUCUCUUCAUUCGCUCCCUUUCACAAUCGGCCAAUAUCUCAUCCUCUCUUUAUUGUAAACUCUUUAUUGUAAACUCUCACCAAAAUCUUCCCCCCAACCCCAAUUUAGAAAUUUUCAACCAUUGAUCUCUACCACUUAACCCAGGUGGAGCCUCCAGCCCAGCACCAGUUGGUUCCUUUUUAUAUCCUUCUCUCUCCUCUAGACUGUAUGGUUAUCCUUAAGGCCUUUUAGGGUCCUGAUGCUGUUCGUGAGACGACCAUUCUGUAUAAGCUCAAGCUUGAAGAGAUUGUGACUACUAUUCCCACAAUUGAGUUUAAUGUGGAGACUCUGGAGUAUAAGAACAUUAGCUUCACCAUUUUGGAUUUUCUUUAUUGUUUCGGCCCAGAUUGAGGCCCUUGGGUUGGAGGUUAGGAAAGUCCCUUCAAAAUCCAUCCAGAGCCUUGAUGAGGGAAUCGGAUAAAUUUUGGGCAAAGUUGAAUGAUGUGGAUGAUAUGAUCUUCAGCCACGGCUUUAGAUGCAGAGGUGCAGUCUCUCUUGAGCAGUAGUGCCAAUUUAAGGAUGGUCGUUAUUACUGCCACUGCUGAUGAGCAACGGCACUUGACAGGCACAUCAUCACUUGGGGUGUAUAGUCAUCAGGUCAGAAGAAAAAAUUUCCAAUUACAUUUUCAACUUAUUUUAAUUUUAAUGGAAAUGUGACAAGAAGAUCUUAAAUAUCUUUGAACUUUUUUUAAAAUCUUUUCCCUGAAUUUACCAUGUAACAAGUUAGGCCGUCUCUAAUUGGGGCAACACAAGCGUUACCCCUUUAGCCCAUCGGAGUGGGAGAUGGUUUCCCUGGUAGACGCUUGUGGUACCGUAACCUAAAUGUAGCACCAUUUUAUUUUUCUCUUUACUCCAUAUAUUAUUUUAAGUUUAGGAAUCUGAGUGAAAUGAUA